AUGCCUCCAGCAUACAAACGCCUCGAUCGGGAUGACUGUGUUUUCUUGUUUAUCGACCAUCAGUCUGGGCUUAUUCAGUUGGUGCGCGACUUCGAACCUACUGAGUUCCGGACCAAUGUAUUGGGAUUGGUGAAAACCGCAGCUUAUUUCAACGCGCCCUCAGUCCUGACUACCUCGUUCGACACUGGUCCCAAUGGUCCAAUUGCUCAGGAACUCGUGGAUGCAUUGCCGAAUGCUCCCCUGAUCCGGAGACCAGGACAAGUGAAUGCCAUGGACAAUGACGACUUUGUCAACGCGGUAAAAGCAACAGGGAAGAAACAGGUGAUCAUCAGUGGAGUCCUCACUGAGAUCUGCGUCGCAUUCCCAGCACUGAGUCUAAUUGAGCAAGGAUACGAUGUAUUCGUGGUAACGGAUGCUUCCGGGACCUUCAAAGAACAUACCCGUGAAGCGGCUCACAAGCGGAUGACGCAAGCGGGCGUACAGCUGUUAAAUUGGGCAGCGGUGGCUGCUGAGCUGCAGCGAGAUUGGCGCCGAGACAUCGAAGGGUUUGGCAAGCUUUGGACGGAUCAUGUGCCUGGAUACUGGUGUUUGAUGCAGAGUUAUUCUAAUAACCCGGCAAGCAACGAAUAA